AGUAAAUCUCAAGGCGGGCAAGAACAUUCCAGACGCUUUGUGAAGGCUAUACAGUAGGCCAAGGCUACUUCCUCUGCCAGUGGUUCCCUGGUCUCUGUCAACAUGUCUGUUAUUGUCGGUGCAGAAAUGGAUCCACAGAUCUGAUUGGUCCACAUAGCUGCUAAAAAAUGGAUUUCCCUCAAGAGGGUGAGGAUGCUGUCGGUGGAAAUCAGACAGGCAGGCAAGUAUUUGUGUCCAUGAAGAAUGAGGAGCCCGUCACUGAUGGGCAUCAGGGGGUCAGCAAAGGAAGAGUGCUGUCUUAUCCAAGACCACAGACACACAGACCUGUGUCUCCAGUGCCCAGCUGUGUGUCCAUGAAGAGUGAGCGGUCCAUAGAUAUCCCUAACAAUUUCAGUAGCGGACCACCACAGUCUUAUCCAAAACCACAGACACACAGACCAGUGUCUCCAGUGCCCAGCUGUGUGUCCAUGAAGAGUGACUGGUCCAUAGAUAUCCCUAACAAUUUCAGUAGUGGACCACCACAGUCUUAUUUAAAACCACAGACACACAGACCAGUGUCUCCAGUGCCCAGCUGUGUGUCCAUGAAGAGUGACCUGUCCAAAGAUAUCCCUAAUAAUUUCAGUAGUGGACCACCACAGUCUUAUUUAAAACCACAGACACACAGACCAGUGUCUCCAGUGCCCAGCUGUGUGUCCAUGAAGAGUGACCGGUCCAUAGAUAUCCCUAACAAUUUCAGUAGUGGACCACCACAGUCUUAUUUAAAACCACAGACACACAGACCAGUGUCUCCAGUGCCCAGCUGUGUGUCCAUGAAGAGUGACUUGUCCAAAGAUAUCCCUAAUAAUUUCAGUAGUGGACCACCACAGUCUUAUUUAAAACCACAGACACACAGACCAGUGUCUCCAGUGCUCAGCUGUAUGUCCAUGAAGAGUGACCGGUCCAUAGAUAUCCCUAACAAUUUCAGUAGUGGACCACCACAGUCUGAUCCAAAGAACAUCCUGACCCAGGAUCAGUCCAGGUGCGGAGUGUGUAAUCAGCUACUGAGGGACCCAGUCAUCACCAGCUGUGGACACAGUUUCUGCAGGCAGUGCAUCAGCAGCUACUGGAGCCAAUAUGGUCCAUCAGGAGACUACAGCUGCCCCCAGUGCGGAAAGAGACCCAGAACACAACCCAUCAUGAACCCUGACAUAACUCAACCACUGUACCCGUCUACAGACAUGGCACAAUGUUACCUAAACCCAGCAACAGAAAUGACACUGCCCUCGUCAUAUCAACACAGUGAAAUGGUACAACCACUUGUAUACCCAUCUACAGCCAUGGCACAACCUCAAUUAUACCCACCUACAGCCAUGGCACAACCUCACCUAUACCCAUCUACAGCCAUGGCACAGCCUCUCCUAUACCCACCAACAGCCAUGGCACAACCUCACCUAUACCCACCUACAGCCAUGGCACAACCUCACUUAUACCCAUCUUCAGCCAUGGCACAACCUCACCUAUACCCAUCUGCAGCCAUGGCACAACCUCACCUAUACCCAUCUACAGACAUGGCACAACCUUCAUCAUACCAACACAGUGAAAUGGCACUUCAUCUGAACCCAUCUGCACACAUGGCACAAGUUCCUCCAUCCCCACACACAGACACGGGGCAGCGUCCUCAGUACUCAAACUCAGCCAUGGGGCAGCAUAAUCAUCCACACAUCCAGCACCCUCUUUAUCCACAUAUCCACACGGCACAGAUCUCUCCGCAGCCUCCCUUAGAUGAGCACACAGUCAUGGGAGGCAGCACCCAUCUGCAAACUGAGAAUGCUCCAGUCAAAAGGGCCAAGCGAACAGAUGACGAUGUCCUCACCAGAGUACUGAUGACCCAUAAAGCCAUCAUGAAGAGGAGGUUUGAGAGCAUAUGUGAAGGCAUCAUAAGGUCAGGGACUCAAACACUCCUGAACAAGAUCUACACAGAGCUCUACAUCACAGAGGGAGAGAGUGAAGGGGUGAAUAAUGAGCAUGAGGUUUGGCAGGUCGAGUCAGCAUCCAGGCCACAAACGACAGAAGACACAUCAAUAAACUGCAAUGACAUCUUCAAGCCAUUACCUGGACAAAAAAGACACAUCAAAACUGUGAUGACCAAGGGGAUUGCUGGCAUUGGAAAAACCGUCUCAGUGCAGAAGUUCAUCCUUGACUGGGCAGAGGGGAAAGCUAACCAGGAUGUAGAUUUCAUGUGUGUGCUUCCGUUCCGUGAGCUGAAUUUGGUCAAACAUGAUCAGUACAGUCUUCACAGGCUCCUGCUUGACUUCCACCCUGAGCUUAGAGAGCUACAAGAUGGUGAAUACAAAGACUGCCACAUUGUGUUCAUCUUUGAUGGUCUAGAUGAGAGUAGACUUCCACUGAAUUUCCAAGAAAACCAGAAGUUGUCUGAUGUGACACAAACAUCAUCAGUAGAUGUGCUGAUGACGAGUCUCAUUCAGGGAACUCUGCUUCCCUCUGCUCUCCUCUGGAUAACCUCCCGACCAGCAGCAGCCAGUCAGAUCCCCUCUCAGUGCAUCAGUCAGGUGACGGAAGUACGAGGGUUCAAUGACCCUCAGAAGGAAGAGUACUUCAGGAAGAGGAUCAGUGACCAAAAUCAAGCCAACAGAAUCAUCUCACACAUUAAGACAACCAGGAGUCUCCACAUCAUGUGCCACAUGCCAGUGUUCUGUUGGAUCUCAGCCACUGUCCUUCAGCAGAUACUGGAACAGGAUGACGGGAAGGAAGCCCCCAAAACACUGACUGAGAUGUUCAUACACUUCCUGCUAAUCCAGACCACAAGGAAGAGCCAGAAGUAUCAAGAGGAAAGUCAGACAGAUAGACAGAGGCUUCUGGAAUCACACAAGGGUGUCAUAUUGAAACUGGCAGAGUUGGCUUUCAAGCAUCUGGAAAAUGGCAAUCUCAUGUUCUAUGAGGAAGACCUGAGAGAGUGUGGCAUUGAUGCCAGUGAAGCUUCGGUGUACUCUGGCAUGUGCACUGAGAUCUUCAGGGAGGAAUGUGUGUUUCACCACAAGAAGGUCUACUGCUUUGUCCAUCUGAGCAUCCAGGAGUUUCUUGCGGCACUGUAUGUGUUUGCCUCCCAUCUGAAAAAGAGCACGUUGACAUUUCUCAGUGGAACUUCCUUGAGAGAUGAGAAAUGUAUUCUUAGUAGAGAUCAUAAUGAUGAUAAGGAGGAACAGGAGGAGAGUGAAGGGAAGGUAGGAGAAGAGGAGGAUGGAGAGGAGGGGGGCGAAGAAGAGGAGGAUGAGGAGGAAGAAGAAGAAGAGUAUGAUGAUAACAGUUAUGAUGAUUAUGAUGAUAAUUAUUAUUAUGAUAGUUAUUAUUAUAGUUUGUAUAAUCUGUUGAAAGGGGAAGUUGAUAAGGCUUUGGACAGCAAGAAUGGACACUUGGACCUUUAUCUCCGCUUCCUUGUUGGCAUCUCAGUAGAACAGAAUCAGGCUCUUUUACGAGGCUUGUUUUCAAACAGCCCCAACAGCUCAGAGAGCAUCAAGAGCACAUGUAAAUAUAUCAAGGAACUCAAGAGGCAGGACCCAUCUCCUGAAAGAUUCAUCAAUCUUUUACACUGCUUAUUUGAAAUGAAUGAUCCUUCUCUACAUGAAGAAGUUCAAGUGUAUUUGACAUCUCCAGAUGGCGUUGUUGGUGAAUUGUCACCUGCCCACUGUUCAGCACUGGCCCAUAUGCUUCUGAUGUCAGAGGAGGUGCUGGACGAGUUUGACUUGAGCAAAUACAGAAUAUCAGAGGAGGGACAAAGCAGACUGAUGCCAGCUGUGAGAUGCUGCAGGAAGGCUCUACUUGCUGACUGUAAACUAAGAGAGCAGUCCUGUGAGAUUGUGGCCUCGGCUCUACAGUGUGCAAACUCCCCCUUAAGAGAGCUGGACCUGAGUCAGAAUGACCUGCAGGAGUCAGGAGAAAAACUGCCCUCUGCUCUACAGAGUCCAAACUGCAAAUUGGAAACACUGAGACUGUCUGGUUGUCUCAUCACACAUGAGGGCUGUUCUCUCUUGUCCUCUGCCCUCAAAUCAAACCCCUCCUACCUGAAACAGCUGUAUCUGAGCUACAAUCACCCAGGAGACUCAGGUGUCAGAGAGCUCACAGACAGACUGAAUGAUCCCGGCUGUAAACUAGAGACGUUGAGGUAUGACCAUGGAGGAGAGUGCAGGAUUAAACCAGGACCCAGAAAAUAUGCCUGUGAGCUCACACUGGACCCAAACACAGCAAGCAGAGAACUCUCUCUCUCUGAAGGGAACAGAAAGGUGAGAGAUGUGUAUCCGCAGCAUCAGCCGUAUCCUGACCACCCAGAGAGAUUUGACUACUGGGAUCAGGUGCUGUGUAGAGAGGGUCUGUCUGGACACCACCCAGAGAGAUGUGACAGUCUGGGUCAGAGUCUAGUCAGUACGGGUCAGUCUGGACGCUACUACUGGGAGGCUGAGUGGAGUGGUGAUAGGGAUGAGGUAGCAGUGGCCUAUAAAAGCAUGGAGAGGAAAGGGGGUGGGCACAGCAGCAGGUUUGGACUUAAUGCCAAGUCCUGGAGACUGCAGUACUCUGGUAACGGUUACUCUGCCUGGCACAAUAAUAAGGAGACUGCCAUACCUGCCCCCUCCUCCCGCUCCAGCAGAGUAGGAGUGUACCUGGACUGGCCAGCAGGCACGCUGUCCUUCUACAGCGUCUCCUCUGACACACUCACCCACCUGCACACGUUCCACUCCACAUUCACUGAGCCCCUCUAUCCUGGGUUUUAUGUUGGUUAUAAAUGCUCAAUGUCCCUGUGCCAAAUCACAUGAUCUCCUAAUCCUGCAGCAAAGGAGAGCCACAUACUGUGUGUGUGUGUGUGUGUGUGUGCGCUCGUGUGUGUGUGUGUUUGUGUUUGUGUUCCUUGUCUUGCCUCACCUGUGUAUCAUCUUCCCUCUCACUGUUCCCCCUGUGUUUGCUACUCCCUCUGUUUCUUUGUGUGUGUGUGUGUGUGUGUGUGUGUGUGUGUGUGUGUGUGUGUGUGUGUGUGUUCCUUCUCUUGCCUCCUCUGUUGCAUCUUCCCUCUCACUGUUCGCCCUGUGUUUCCUGCUCCGUCUGUUACUCCCUUUUUCUGUGUUUGUGCGUAUAUGUGUGUGUGUGUGUGUGUGUGUGUGUGUGUGUGUGUGUGUUGUGUGUUUGUGUGCAUGUGUUGGAGUAUAUGUAUGUGUGUGUGCUUAUGUGUGUCCGUGUCCACAGGAGAGGAGAGCCACACACUCCUGUUCUUGUGUGUGUGUUCCUUCUCUUGCCUCCUCUGUGUUGCAUCUUCCCUCUCACUGUUUCCCCUGUGUUUGCUGCUCCCCCUGUUUCUUUGUGUGUGUGUGUGUGUGUGUGUGUGUGUGUGUGUGUGGUUGUGCGCGUGUGUGCGUCCAUAGGAGAGGAGAGCCACAAACUCCUGAUUACACAUUCCUGUGUGUGUUUCUUCUAUUACAUUCAUCUGAGAUGUAUCAAAUCCCUCUGACAUUUGCUUCUCCCUCUGUUUCUUUUGUGUGUGUAUGUGUGUGUGAGAGAGACAGUGUGUGUGUGUGUGUGUGUGUGUGUGUUUGUAUGCAUGCUUAUGUGUGUGUGUGUGUGUGUGUGUGUGUGUUCCCUCCCUUCCUUCUGUGUUAUCAAUUUCAAUUGAAGUAUCCAAACUAGACCAAAACUAUCAAAUAUCAGAUGCUGUGUUGAAUUUCUUACAAUAUGAACCUCAUAUAUUUUAUGUGUUCUGUAGAUUAAAAGAUAAACAUACAGUAAGAGUGGACAGGUUUUCUCAGGGCUGGGAGUGUUAAUCCACCGUUAUUAUACAUACUGUAUAUUCUGAUAUGCUCGAGAGUGAGAGGGAGGGAAGGGAAGUUAUUUUAUUUGGUGAAUUGGUUUAAAUGUUUUUGGUUUGAUGUGUAUAUAAAAAGGGGAACAGAAUGUGAUUCAUUGGAAAUUUAAAUACAAAUAAAUAAAUGUAAUGUACAUGAAAUAAAAAAUUAUUUGUG